UCCUCUUCACUCCCUCUCUUCUCUUCUCGUCUUUCGGCUCUCUCAAUUUUUAAGCCACCCACCCCAUAUGGACCCCGCUGCAUCUCGCCAUCGCCGAUCGUCUUCCUCCUCCGACCGUUUACUAGGAAUUUUCACUUUCUCUCCACCCUCUUUCGCCAGCGCUGGCGACGAACUUAACGAAGCUGAGCUUUUUUGGUCGGGCGAUGUCCCUGAAACAGAGAAUCGACUCCUUCAUCAGCCCCCUGCGCCUGCUCAAAACAACCAGCCCAGCCUCCCUUGCCCCCAGAACUCUGGCAUCCUCGCCGUGCUAUCGGAGCCCGCUUUCCGUUCCGGCGAUCAGCCCAUUUUGUGUCGAAAGCCCACUAUCCCGUCGACGUCUUCGAGGAUGGUUCCCUCGAUACCCAGACCGCCGGGCCAGAACCCUCCAGACAGGGAAUACUACUCGCAGUCCCUGCCGUCCAGGAAAUUUCAGCAAUCGGCUCCCGUGAAAGUUCCGAUUCUGUCGUCUAAAACCAUGCCCAGGAGGAGGAACGACGAGCUGGCUUUAGUGGACGACGAUAUUGAAGACGAUGAUGAGAUGUUGCCGCCCCACGAAAUCGUUGCGAGGGGUUCUGGGGUGUCGCCGAAGACCACUUCUUCGGUGCUGGAAGGGAUCGGAAGGACCCUCAAAGGGAGGGAUCUCAGACAGAGAUUCGGAUUUAAUCCUUAUAAGGCUGAGCUACAAGCUUGUUGAUUUCUCGAUUGCUUCAGUUAGUACAUUGUCAGCAUGAUGAAAAACGAGAGACGAAAUGAAGCUGGUUGGUGACUUGGUAAGUAACUGCUUUUAAUUUCCUUUACAAGAGUUGGACAAUAAUUAAAUAAUAAAACAUGAGAGUAGGUAACAUUGGUGUCCGUUUUCGUGUUGCUGCUGUGUGUUUGAUUAUGAAGACGGGGACACAAAGUAUUAUACUACCUCCGGACCUAAUUA